CGGUCACACUUUAGCCCCACGCUUAAAUUUGUUUGGUUUGCAAAUUUUGAUAAAUAUUGCAAAACAGAAAAAUGCCGGAAGAACCUGUGAUUACGGCUGACGACAAACGUAGUCAUUUGCCUUGGAUCGAAAAGUAUCGGCCGCAAAAGUUCAAGGAGAUUGUGGGAAAUGAGGACACAGUGGCGAGACUUUCGGUUUUUGCUACUCAGGGAAAUGCACCCAACAUCAUAAUUGCGGGUCCGCCUGGAGUGGGCAAGACAACCACCAUUCAAUGCCUGGCAAGAAUCCUUCUAGGAGAUAGUUACAAGGAGGCAGUCCUCGAGCUCAAUGCUUCCAAUGAGCGAGGAAUUGAUGUGGUGCGCAACAAAAUCAAGAUGUUUGCCCAGCAAAAGGUUACUCUUCCACGCGGUAGACAUAAGAUUGUGAUCCUAGACGAGGCGGAUAGCAUGACGGAGGGAGCGCAGCAAGCUCUUCGUCGCACCAUGGAGAUUUACAGCAACACGACGCGAUUCGCGUUGGCCUGCAACACCAGCGAAAAGAUCAUCGAGCCCAUCCAAUCGCGUUGUGCCAUGCUGAGAUUCACCAAACUUUCGGAUGCCCAGGUCCUAGCCAAGCUCAUCGAGGUGGCCAAGUGGGAGAACCUGAACUACACAGAGGAUGGACUGGAGGCCAUUGUAUUUACCGCCCAAGGAGAUAUGCGUCAGGGCCUGAACAACCUGCAGUCUACCGCUCAGGGAUUCGGAGACAUUAAUGCGGAGAACGUGUUCAAGGUUUGCGAUGAACCGCAUCCCAAGCUUCUGGAGGAGAUGAUCCAUCACUGUGCCGCCAACGACAUCCACAAAGCUUACAAGAUCCUGGCCAAGCUAUGGAAGUUGGGAUACUCGCCGGAGGACAUCAUUGGCAACAUAUUCCGUGUUUGCAAGCGCAUCAACAUCGACGAGCACCUGAAGCUGGACUUUAUCCGGGAGAUCGGUAUCACCCACAUGAAAAUUGUCGACGGCAUUAACUCGUUGUUGCAACUCACCGCACUGCUGGCUAAGCUCUGCAUCGCUGCUGAAAAGCAUUAACUACUAAUUACAAAAACGUUGUUUAUAGGGUCUUAAGAUUAAGGUCAAGUUACUGAAUAAAUUAAAAAACAAA